AUGGACCGCCCGAUUGUGCCUGUGCAGGGCAAUCGGACUGCGCCCACCACGCCGCGGAGGAACACUUACAAAGAUCUCGUCAACGCCUUUGGAUUCCAGCGCAGCCCGACUUCGGUCACCCGCGCUCGAAGGUCCAACAAUUCCGCCGCCAAUCCCGCCGCCAAUUCCGCGCAGACAAUGUACACUGCUGAUCCAGAUCGGAUGCUCCCUGACGAGCUAUCCUUGCCUCAGCGUCCCGCGACCCCGCAAAUGAUCAAGCUCGGCAGUCCGCUGCCAGACUCACCUUCAGACGACCUACCUGUUGCAAGUGAGGAGUUCAGUCCAAGGCGCUCUCUCCGUCCGCAUGGCAAUCCGGAUUACACCAUCUUACCUCGCACGAAAAGGUCUCCCAAGAAGGAGAAGGAGAAGAAGAAGUUGCUGAGUUCCAACAUGGAGGAUUUACUGGCGGCAUCUCUCAGGUCGAAGGUCUCUACCGCGCGUAGGCAGAUCCGCGCUGAGAUUGAGCAAAACACCAAGGUGAAGCAAGACGCCUUCUUGCACCACCAUAGCAGCUAUUUUCUUCCCCUCCUCCCAGCAACGAACUACGUUGCAAAGCUGAAGGAUAAGAAGCAUAGAGCCUUUGCUUCCUAUCGCGAGCUUGACGAACAACCCGAAGGUGUCACGGCUACACUGAAGCCCUACCAGUUAAGCGGCCUGUCUUUCCUGGCUCACAUGUACAACAACGGAAUGCCUUGCAUGUUGGGAGAUGAGAUGGGUCUCGGCAAGACACUACAGACGUUGUCGUUGUUUCAACUGCUGGAGGAGCAACACCCGAAUCGCUAUGGUGAGAACCGGCCGUAUCUUGUGGUGUGCCCUCUAAGUGUUGUCAAUUCAUGGGUCAACGAGGCGCAGCGAUGGACUCCUGGACUGAAAGUCCUCCGCUUCCAUGGUCCCAAGGCUGAACGCGACGCGUUGAAGAAGGUCGCCACCGGUCAUGUGGACAAGUAUGGCAACGAGACCAAUCGCUCCAAAAGGCGGACUGGUGAUCGCCGUCGUGCUGCGAACAACACUAUCAACCUCGAUGAUGACAACGACGAGGAUCUCUACAAGAUCAUUAUCACAACCUACGAGACCUUCGUCGCCGAGCAGAGUUGGCUGAAGACAGCCUUUGUUUGGCGCUACGUCGUGCUUGAUGAGGGCCAUCGAAUUAAGAACAGCUCAUCCAACUUGGCACAGGCACUCCAGGGCUUUAGCGCAGAAUAUCGGUUGAUCCUAACCGGCACUCCCCUUCAGAAUGACUUACAUGAAAUGUGGAGCUUGCUUCACUGGAUGUUACCGGAAGUUUUCACCGUUAACACUGCUUCACUCUUCAAAAAGUCGUUCGAUCUCGCCAAUGGACAAGUUAACAUCUCCGUUAUGGACAAUGCGCGUCAGCUUCUUGAACUUCUUAUGCUGCGACGAAUGAAGAACAGUCCCGGUGUCGACCUAAAUCUUCCCCCCAAAGAGGAAGUACUGUUAUAUUCUCCACUAACUCCAUUGCAGAGGUUUUGGUACCUCAGGCUGUUAACGCGCUCUGAUGGAGCUGUACUUAACGACCUUUUUGCUGGCAUCAAGGGCAAGGAGAAGAAGGCUUUGAAGAAGGAAUUCGAGGAAGACAAGAAGCUUAAGGUGUUAGAAGAGGCCGAGGCCGGUGAAGCUUCGACAGACGUCUGGGAGGAGAUGCGCGAGAGCAUGAUGAAAAGUCUGGCAAACGAACGCGAGGAGGAAAAAACCAGUGAUUGGACCAAGCUAAUGAACCUGGUCAUGCAGCUUCGCCUAUGCUGCACUCACCCGUACCUUCUUCCUGGAGUCCAGCCAGAACCAUACCUCCUCGGCGACCACAUCAUCCGCGCGUCUGGAAAGUUCAUUGUUCUCGAGAAGCUUUUAGAGGAUUUGAUCAUCAAGCGUGGCAAGAAGGUCCUCAUCUUCUCGGGAUUUACAAGUACCCUGGACCUUUGUGAAGACGUCUUAAACCUUCUUGGCGGCGAUGGCGAGGGCUUCCGCUUCUUAAGGUUCGACGGGUCGACCGAACGAGCACGGCGCAACCUCGAUCUUCGCUUAUUCAAUGAUAAGUCCUCCGACUACAUGGUGAUGAUCGUCUCAACGAGGGCAGGUGGACUUGGCAUCAACCUGACUGCCGCGACUGAGGCAAUUUUCCUCGACGAGGAUUGGAAUCCUCAAAUCACUCUUCAAGCCGAAGCUCGUGCUCAUCGAAUCGGUCAGACGCAGCCUGUCACUAUUUAUAAAAUUUGCACGCAGGGAACCGUCGAAGAGCAAAUGAUGGGGAGAAUUCGCAAGAAGCUCUACCUUUCCGCCAAGAUCACGGAGUCCAUGAAGACAGUGUACGGCACUCCAGCCAAGAGGAAGCGUACCAAUGCAGCUGCAACUGAGGAGGAUAGGCCGCAUCUCAACGUGUCUCAGCUCAAGACCCUUAUCCGUCGCGGAGCCCAGACCCUCAGCCAUCCCGAGAUUGACUUCACGGAAAUGCUGUCUUGGGAUGUGGUCACCAUUUUGGAAAAGUGCCGGGACAAGCCAAGUGACCCUCAAGUCGGCGAAGAUGACCACACUAUCGAUGAACAACAAUGGCUUUCAUCUAUGGAGAAAGUCGAGACCGCUGUCUUCGACGGUCGCCGAAUCCAACGGAACAUGGACCCUGGCCUCUUCCGUGUGAAUCUGGAUCUCAGCCGAAACGAUCGCCGGAAGGGAAAGAACACGACGGUCAUGGUUGACGGUUUUGCGGUCAGCAAGCAAAGCAUGAUGUGCGACGACUGGGAGGCUAUUCCGACCCUAGCUGGAAAGGAUCCGCGACUGGCGGACCGCGCCAGGAAGAAGAAGGCGGCGAUUGUCAACCAAGAUCACUGCCAAGAAUGCUGGGAUGGCGGCGAUAUCUUGCUCUGCUCGCUCUGUCCACGCAGCUACCACGAGGACUGCCUGACGGACGAGCAGGCGGCGGGUGUUGGGGUCAGCAAGCAGUUCAUCUGCCCACAGCAUAUCUGCGGAGAGUGUACCAAGCGCACGAGUGAGGCCGGCGGCAUGCUGUACCGCUGCCGCUGGUGCCAGCUAGCCUUCUGCGAGGACUGCCUCAACUUCGACCGGGCCGAGCUUAUCGGCGACACUCUCCCUGAGCUGAAGCUCCUCGGCUUUGCGGAAGUCAGGCAGGCGUACUACGUUAAGUGCCAUGUCUGCACGGACAUACAUGAUGCUAAUCCCGAGACGAAGGAGUUCUGUGAGGAGCAGGAAUUCCAGUUUGAGAGGCAGUGGGAGGAGGUUAAGGAGGAGCAGGAGGCUAAGAGGGUCAAGAUGGAGAUGGAGACCGAUAUCAAAGACGAGGUCAAGGAAGAGAUCAAGACGGAAGAUGGUUGGGCUUCAGACUACAUUUGA